GAAAUAUGGAUCUGGCCCAACUAAGAAUUUUAUUUAAAAGAAUCCACCGAACCAAGAGUUGUAAUAACGAUUGCAAUUGGAAUGAAUUCCUACCUAAAUAAUUUAACUGUAGGGCAAGAUGCAAAGCACAACUAUAGUUAAAUAAAAUAUGGAUCUUGGCCCGCUAGGAUGGCAAACAACAACACAAACAACCUCGCCCUGCGUCCCAUUCUGGAUAAAGAUAAAUUGAACGGAACAAACUUUGUUGACUGGCAACGCAAUCUCUGCAUUGUUCUCCGCAUGGAUGAGAAAGAGUAUGUGCUCGAAAAGCCCAUUCCUCCUGCCCCUCCCGCUAACGCCCCGAAAGCGGUCAAAGAUGCCUACGAGAAACACGUUAAGGAUGACAACCAG